GAAAGGGCAGAAUUUAGCUCUUGAAGUCCAGAAUUCGGUCAUAGAUGGUAUCGAAUGGAGGUGGAAAGUUUCAUGUUUGUUAACAUAUGGUUGAAACCUUUAUUAGAAUAUGAAUGGAAUAACAUACUCAAACUUUGAUAAUCAAGAACAUGUUUUGAAAUUAGGCGAAACAUUUGAGAAACAACCCAAAGGCGCUUACCACACGGUGAGAUAUGACUUUAAACCAGCCUCCAUUGACACCGCCUGUGUGGGGGAGCUGGAGGUGGGAAAGGGAGAACAAGUUACUAUCACACUGCCCAAUCUGGAGGGAUCCACUGCCCCUAUAACAGUCUUCAAAGGAUCCAAGAGGCCUUAUAUGAAGGAAUGUAUUCUCAUCGUAAACCACGAUACCGGAGAGUACCGUCUGGAGAAACUCAACAGCAACAUUGCUGUCAAGAAGACCAGGGCUGAAGGCAGCAGUAAGAUCCAGUCUCGUAUAGAGCAGCAGACCAGUCGUCUGAGCCAGCAGAUGAAGACUAGUGGUAAUGGCAGCAGCAGCAAGACCCCAGCAGGCUCCAAGAGCUCUCCUCCCAAAGAGAAUAUGUCCCCUGCCUCCCCCAUGGAUGACAUUGAGAGAGAGCUAAUGGCAGAGGCGCGGGUCAUGGACCAGAUGAGUAGUGGGGACUCGUCCUCAGACUCCCACAGCUCCUCAUCCUCCAGUAGUGGGGACAGUUCCAGCGGUAGUGACUCUGAGGACGAGUCCCGGCACCCCCCUCCCCCUAGACCCCCUGGGGGUCCCCCUACAGGGCCACCACCCCACCAGGGCAUGCCUGUCCUCACCACUGUCACCACCACCACCUCCCCACCAUCACCAACUCGCAGUGGAGGACACCUAUUGAGCACACUAAAGAAUGACCUGCAAUUAAGUGAGUCUGGCAGUGAAAGUGACGAUGACUGACCAGUGAGUGAUCACUAUAAUGCUGUGGGUGUGUUCAAGAGGUCAGUCUGUGGACAGCUGCACUGACCUCCAGAUGGAUGGGCGUCCUUUACGGUCACAACAGAAGUGGAAUAAGAAGAUGGAAUAUGGAUGUGAUCUUCUUAAUGCCAAACAAGACUGCACCCCUACACCUCCGGAAGCAACACCGCUCAGCACCCCACCAGCAUUUCAGUUUAAUGUGUCUUAAUAAUUCUAUCAAUAGUCUGAGUUGUCUGUCUGUUAGUGCCUUGACAGACAUGGGCCAAUAGUUGUGAUCAAUUCUCUUAUCUACACAUUUGAACUGGAUUAUUUUCACUGUUCAUUUUAGUAUUUACUAGUUACUACUAGUUGGCCAAAGUGAAUUGGGAACCAUACUCCUGAUUCGAACAGACAAGGUAUUGCUGUUAUCAAGGAUAGCGUCAGUGUUUCAUUAGUUGUAGUACUUAGCCUUUCUGCUGUGAAAUAAUUACUCUUAAAGUAUAGGGAAUAGGUUGAAGCAGACAUAUCAUUUAGUCUAUUAGGAAUUAUCUUCAUGUUACUUUUUUUGUUUAAUAUAUAUGGCCUAGCAACAUAUCAAGGUGGGGGGUAUUUGAGGAAACUAGUGCACUACUUGAAAUGGAUUGAUUUAGCCUAGAUUUUGCUCAGUGUUGCUACUUAAUGUAUUUGAAAGAUUACUUGGCUUUGUAGCUUUAAACCUUCAACACUUGAAUCUGACGUAUGAUUAUUUAACAUAUUUACUCAAAGACCAACAGCUUAAUAUAUUCUAUGGGCGCAGAGCAAUGGGAGUGUAGGUAAACUCCUAGAGCCUGAUGCCAGUGAGUUUUCAGCACUGCCUUUAGAACUGCCUUUCCGUUUACUACGAUCUCUUCUGUUGCUAUUGUUACAGGGGCGAGUCUCAAAAGUGUUUCUUUGCUGAUUUGAUUCACUGACUCGUUCUAAAAAAAAUGCAUUGGAGGAGAAGGCUUGAGGGUAUUAAGCUUGGAUCUUCUCCAUUACAUUUUAAGAAAGAGGUGAUUCAUCAAGGAAUUCAUGAGACAUGUGAGGAAUCCAGGAAAGACUUCUGAGAAAGAGCCCAGGUCAUAUCUCAUAUCCUGCUACCGCACCAUCUCUGUAAACAGGACAUUUGUGUUUUAUGUUAGAACAUAUGGUGUGUCGCAAUAAUCUCUCCUUUCUCCCGAAGUGUGCACUUGUUCACUUCCCUUCAUGGAUUCGAAAGGAAAUCACUAGCAUAUGGAAACUCCUCCUAGCCCAUGCCUCCACCAAUCCAAUGCCUUUAUAUUUGUGGGGAGUUGUGAAUGAGUGCACACUUCAGGAGAAAGGAGAGAUUAUUGGAUUAUUAGUAACAACCAUGACCUCUCAUAACAAACUCGGGCAACUGGGAAAGAAGGGCAGAGAGUGAGGAAACAGCCUCUGACUGGAUAAAUAAUGAGAAAUUAUAAUAAUAAUAGUAAUAUGUUGGAAGAAUUGUGGAUUCAGUAGGUGGUCAUGAAUAAGUAACUAUUUUUAUUUUUUUUAUUUUUCGAUAAAUAAAACGUUAUUGUUUGUCA